ACCCGACUACAGUUUGGGAACGAUUCAAAUCCCGGAUCCCGUGUCUUACACGGACUGCAUGCGUUAACGUGUAUGCUCCAACCGUAGCGCUUAUAGCAUAAAGCAGUUAUAGUGAGCACGCGCUGCUGUUGUUGGGAAGUGUCCUCGUGAAACGUUAGAAUAAUGGCUGAGCAAGCGCCAGAUGAGUUAAUCUGGUGUGAGGACUGUGGCCAGUUCCAUGAUUCUGAAUGUCCUGAACUGGGACCACUGGUUACCGUCCAGGACUCCUUUGUCCUCAGCCGAGCUCGAUCAUCGCUACCAAACAGCCUAGAGAUCAGAGAAGUGGCUGACGGGGUGGAGGGGGUGUUUGUCCUACGGCGGCUGGUUAAAAGGACCAGGUUUGGCCCAUUCGAGGCCAAAAGGGUCCCCCACCUGGAGAAGGAAGGCCCGUUUCCUCUGAAGAUCUUCCAGAAGGAUGGAUUGGUGGUGUGUUUUGACUCCAGCAGUGAGGAAGACUGCAACUGGAUGAUGCUGGUGAGACCCGCGACCAACCACAAACACCAAAAUCUGACAGCUUACCAGCAGGAUGACGAUGUGUACUUCAACACCUCCCAGGACGUGCUCCCGGGUACAGAGCUGAGGGUCUGGUAUGGAGCCUUCUACGCUAAAAAGAUGGAGAAGCCCAUGCUGAGGCCACUUCAAGCGGCUCCACCUCAGACAGAUGUCACAUCAUCUGCUCAGAGAGAGGAGACCAUAGAGAAAGAAGUGGGCUCACCCUCAGUGGCUGAGGAGAACAGUGCAGGCAACAUGCUAAGUCAUCUGGAUGAGGUAAAGACCGCAGCGGAGGUUCCACUCGACGCGCCUCUGCCUCGGCAGGGGAGUCUGGGUGGGCCCAGCGAGGAGGAAGGCAGUCUUCCAGCAGCACAGCCGGGCCCCAGGCCAGGGCAGGGCAGAGGGAGGCGAGCUAAGGGCCGCAGACUAGGAGCUGCAGCUGCCCCAGGCAAGAAUAAAGAUGUCAAAGCGACAGCGGAGCCCUCAGAGCCAAUGGCUGCGGCGGCAGAGAGCAGGCCAGACAGCGCCGCCGUCCUGAAGAGGCACAAAUCUAGAGAGCACAAGAGGGUUUAUCGCUGCUCCCUGUGCAACAAGGUCUUCCAAAACAGUAGCAACCUGAACAGACACAUCAGAUCCCAUGGUGAUAAACUGUUCAAGUGUGAUGAGUGUGAUAAGUUGUUCAGCCGCAAGGAGAGUCUGAAGCAGCACAUCUCCUACAAGCACAGCAAGAACAUGCCUGACCAAGAGUACAAAUACAAAUGCAACACGUGUGAGAAAUCCUUUCGGCUGGAAAAUGCUCUAAAGUUCCACAACUGCCGGACAGACGACAAGACGUUCCAGUGCGACAUCUGCUCGCGCUUCUUCUCCACCAACAGCAACCUGUCCAAGCACAAGAAGAAGCACGGCGAGAAGCUCUACUCCUGCGAGAUCUGCAACAAGAUGUUCUACCGCAAAGACGUGAUGCAGGAGCACCACCGCAGGCAUGGAGUGGGAACAAAGCACAUGAAGCGAGAGGAGCUGGAGGCCAACGGAGAAGAAGGCACCAAAUAUAGGAAAGAGCCGUCGCCGUGUCCGAUCUGUGGGAAAGUGUUCUCCUGCAGAAGCAACAUGAACAAGCAUCUGUUGACUCACGGCGAUAAGAAGUACACCUGCGAGAUCUGUGGCCGUAAGUUCUUCCGCGUGGACGUCCUGCGAGAUCACAUUCACGUUCACUUCAAGGACAUAGCCCUAAUGGACGAGCAGGAGAGAGAAGGAUUCAUCAGGAAGAUCGGCAUCUCGGCCAGCACCAGCGACGACACAGACGAAGACGAAGAGGAGGAGGAUGACCCCGAGCACCACAAGUACAACUGCAAGAAAUGCCAGCUGUCAUUCGCCAAGGGCAGAGAGUACCUGAAGCACAUCAUGGAGCAGCACAAGGAGAGAGGCUACGGCUGCGGCAUCUGCAACAGACGCUUCGCACUCAAAGCCACGUACAACGCUCACCUAGUCAUCCACAGGGAGCAGCUGCCCGACCCGGCCGUGCAGAAGUACAUUCAUCCCUGUGAAAUCUGUGGUCGAAUCUUCAACAGUAUCGGAAACCUGGAAAGGCACAAAAUCAUCCACACUGGGGUGAAGAGCCACAGCUGCGACAAGUGUGGCAAGUCUUUCGCGAGGAAGGACAUGCUGAAGGAGCACCUCAGGGUGCACGACGACAUCCGAGACUUCCUGUGUGCAGAGUGCGGCAAAGGCAUGAAAACCAAACACGCCCUGAGGCACCACAUGAAGCUGCACAAGGGCAUCAAAGAGUACGAGUGUAAGGAGUGUAACCGCAAGUUCGCCCAGAAGGUCAACAUGCUGAAACACUUCAAGAGACAUACGGGUAUAAAGGACUUCAUGUGUGAACUGUGCGGAAAGACGUUCAGCGAGAGGACAACGCUAGAGACGCACAAGCUCAUCCACACGGUGGGUAAGACGUGGACGUGUGCAACGUGCGAUAAGAAGUACCUGACAGAGUACAUGCUGCAGAAACAUGUCCACCUGACCCAUGAGAAGGUGGAGGCCCAGGCCUGUCACCUGUGCGGGACCAAGGUGUCCACGCGAGCGUCCAUGAACCGGCACCUGCGGCGCAAACACCCAGAGGUGGUGUCUAUGAGAAUUGAUGAGUUUGAUGAUCUUCAGGAACCUCCAACAAUCAACGACUCUUCCAUCAGCAUUGUGCAGCCCACCCUGACCCUGGACAAAGACGGGCUGUCUCAGGACCGGCCCAGCCGACCGGCCCGACACACCAGGCGAAAGCAGAGGGUUUCAGCAGAGCCGGAGCUCUCUGAGCCCGACGACUACGUGGAUUUCACCGAGCCGAGGCACGAGUCUAUGACGGAAUUCAGCGCCGUCAUCGUCGGCGAUGAGACGGAGACGAGCUCUGCUGUGCAGAGUAUCCAGCAGGUCGUGGUCCUCGCAGACCCAAAUGCUCCGUCAGCGUCCUCCCCCAACAGCUCAGUGGGGCUGACCAACAUCACCGUCACCCCCAUCACCAGCCACACCUCCACCCAGUUCACCAGCCUGCAGCCUGUGGCUGUGGGCCACCUGACGGCCAGCGACCGGCCCUUAACGCUGGACAGUUCCAUCCUCACCGUCACCUUUGACACGGUCAGCGGAUCCGCCAUGCUCCACAACCGUCCUGCCGAGCUCGUCCCAGAGACGGUGGGGCCCGGUGGGAGCGCCGCACCUCAGUCAGUGGCCCAUUUCAUCAAUCUCACCACUCUGGUCAACCCCAUGGGCCACCAGCUGGACGCUCCGACUCUGGCCUGGAGGCCUGUACCGGCAGCCGAGGCCGGCCAGGUCACCCCAGUGGUGGAGGGUGCUCAGGGGGACUGUCAGGAGACCCAGAGCCAGGGCCCAGAACCGGGCAGAGCUAACCAGAGCCAGGCGCCCACUCCGCAGCGGCAGAACAGUGCAGCCCAGCAGAUGUUUACCUACUGAGCAGAGGUGCUGGCCACCUCCCAUUCACAUCGUCACCUAGCAGUCACUGUCACCCUGAUGCCUCUCCUGCCCAACCACCCACUCCUCUGGGAGAUCUACAUUUCAAACCAAAGCAACAUGAUGAAUAAUCUUUUGCCUUACCAGUCUUUUAAAAACCUGCAUGUUUUUUCAACUUAAAUCUGCUGCUCUGGUGAAACGUGUAACAGCACCAACCUCAGUAAAAUCACAGCUUGUGUCAGGUACCUGGUCCUCGAUGGCCACCAACCUGCUGGUUCCACCUCUUCCUGCUCAUUACCUUAAUCAGGUGUGUCAGUUGGCUUUUCCAGCUGCUAAUAGACUGAACACACUCAUAUUCCUAUGAGCCAUGAGACGUUAUUUUUAAAUGCUGUAAACUGUAAUUACUCUUUAGACUGUCUGGAAAAGUACUGGAAAGUUUUUCUACUGAUAUUUUUAAACAAAAUGCCUCUUUACA